UCACAUAGUCACUCACUCAUUCAUAUGAGACACAUUGCUACUCCAGCUUUUCUCUUGCCUCCUUCCCUCACAGCCUGUCAAGCCUGAAUUAUUAACUAACCCCUUGAUUAUAGUUUUAAAUUUGAGCUGUUUCCUUUGUUGUUUCCUAGUAAAGGGUUGAUUAAUGUUUCUUACCUGUCAAGAGAUUUGGUGCUGUCUAUGAGCUUUCUCCAGAUUCCCCAGGUGGUACUGCACUGUUUGGAUUGAUCCAUCCUCUGUCUUGGAAAUGAUUCAAGGAGAAUCAUGAGAGCAUUGUUCUCUUUUAAUAUUAGUAUUGGUCCAAUGAGUAAGGCUGACUCAUGCAUAGAUGCUGGCAUGAAGGAGUGUUCAAUGUCCCUCAUAAGAGAAAGCAGAAAUUUGGGUACUUCUUAUCACAGGAAUGGUAACCAAAACUGAAUAUUCCAUAAAUCUUCUAGCAAAUAACUUAGCUGGGGUGGAGUGGAUGCCUGGGAGCAUUAUCAGAGCAAAGGACAGCUAACCUAUCACUGUCACAGGACUGCAACAACGACAACAAGAACAAAAGCCUCAUCCCCCUAAGUGAGGUCGGCUAUAUGGAUCACACGACGCCCUUGCGCUCGAUCAAAAUCCAAAUUUUGUCACAGGAUUGGAAUCAAUAAAUUGCAAGGUCCCAUGGAUGAGAGAAACAAUAUAGAAUCCAUCAAGAAGACAAUGCAGAGGCAUGAGGACAUCUUUAAACACCAGGUAUCCUCAAGAUGUGGUAAGAGAACUACACAGGGUAUACAGUGUGCAAAAGAUGCUGAUGGAUGAGCUCAAAGGAGAAAUUAGACAACAGAGAAUUUGGAACCCCAUGAGUGUCAUAAAUGUUAGCCAUCCUCAUUCAAUUGAACACCAACAUCAAACAACACAAUUUUCUUUCCAUGUUCAUAGAUUGAGAGAGGAUCUAGGCUCAAGAGAAAGGAGUGGAAGUGACUCUGGAGAGACCAACAAAAUGGAAAGAGGUUUUGAUUUGGAAAAGCCUGCUGAAGAAGAUAAUUUUACUGGAGUUUGUGGUUUUGAAGAAGGUGAUGCAGGACCUAGCUCUCAUAAUGCAUUUCAGAGUAGUAAAAUAAGUGCUUGUGGCUCAGAUGAAGAUAUGGAAGUGGAUUUGACACUAAGCAUAGGAGGAAGCAUGGUUAAGAACUCUCAUCUUUCUCAAUUAGACUCACCAAAUGGGAAAACUAGAGAGCUAAAUUCAAGUGCCUCCUUCAAAUCAGACCUUAGAUCAGAUAGAGUAGGAGAAUGCAGUGACACAACCACCCCCAUUAGUAGCUCCAAUGUGAAAUUGACUCAGGAAAAGAAAGGGGAACAUUGGCUUUCAAAAGGUCUACAGCUUAAAUAACAUUUUAACUUGUUUGUUUGUAAUUGUAUCCUUUCAUCUAUACAUUGACCACAGAAUUUUGAUGGGUCAUGUAUUCACAUUCCUAGAUUAAUUUCCACUUUAUUCCAAUAAAUGAAAUAGUUUAUACACUCUUCUGGGUGUCUUUUCUGCUGA